GGGAGGCGGCGGCAGCGGCGGGCGGGUGGUCUCGGCCGGCAGCAGCGCAUAGUCCCGCAGCCGGUGCCGCUCGGCUGUUCUGCUCGCGGGGCAGCGCAUCUGCCAUCCCCACCCCUGAGGGCGCGGGGCAGCCUCCGCCGGGACUUCAUGUCUGUGCUGUGUCCCCUGCCCUGCUCUGAUUAUCUGAGAUCAGCUGAAAUGACUGAAGUGAUGAUGAACACCCCAGCCAUAGAUGAGAUUGGGCUAAGCCCUCGCAAGGAUGGCCUGUCAUAUCAGAUCUUCCCUGAUCCCUCAGACUUCGACCGUUACUGUAAGCUGAAGGACCGCCUGCCCUCCAUCGUGGUGGAGCCAACGGAGGGCGAUGUGGAGAGUGGCGAGCUGAGAUGGCCACCUGAAGAGUUCCUUGUGCAGGAGGAGGAGGAGGAAGAGGAGGAAGAAAACUGUGACGGCGCAAAGAAGGACAACAAGGAGCAAUAAAUGGCAUCUGAGGAAAGGCAAGGGACUGCACCCUUCUGAAGGAAGAGCCACACUUCUUUUGAAAGUCUUUUUUUUAAAAAAAGACAAGUUCAAUUUUGCACCUGCGAGAUCUUAGUUUUUUUGUAUUCUCUGUAUUGAGAACUGAAGCCCUCGGUGUCACCAGACCUCCUGAGGAAGGAAGGAAGUAACGCAGAGAAAUGUUUGCUGUUCUCGAGAUCACUAUCUGUAUUUUUCCGAGGCGGAGGCAGCAGUGAAAUUCCAAGCACAUGGCAGAGGGUGACUACGCGAGGACUGCUGGAGGGGGGAGCUUGGGGAGGGGAAGGAAAGUGGGAGGCAGCAGCAUUCGGCCAGGAGCUGCCUCUGGCUAAAAGCAUGAGAGCAGAGCUGUAAUCUCUCAGAUUUGCCUUUCUUACAGCUUCCAUUUUAUGUGUUGGGGGGUCGAAGUGUGUCUGUAGCAAAGCAUGGCUAAACGCUCUACUGAUGAGGGGCCUGUAGCUCUCCCCGGUUGGGCACCUCCUAGGGUAACAUAAGUGUCCGUGGGAGUCAUCUGGUUUCUUGCUCUUGCUGUUGAGCCUGUUUUCCAGCCACUUUUCCCAAAGCUGUUUUCUCCCCCUCUGUUUGCCUUUAGACUCUUCAACGCUGAACAGCUGUAUUUGCAGGGUAAUGUUAGGCUGCUGCUUGUCAUCUCCGCUGUGAGGCCCUUGUUUAUCUUGCAGGUGGUUAGUGUGAGGCAAUGGGCAUUGGAUGUGAAGGGGCUUCUGUCUGCAGCAAGAGCUCAUGUAGGUUUGAACACCGUGGAUUUUUCUCUCCUAUUUGCUGAGGCAGCUGUGGUCCAUCUCAUUUCGGACGCUGCCCAAAGCCAGUGGGUGGAGGUUGUGCCUCCUUACCUUGGCAUCUUUGAGGGUUUCAUGUGUCUGACUUGCUGGUCAAUGGGCUUGAGAGGGCUGGGGUGGGGGAUCUCCUCUAGCUUGGCGCUGCAGAGGCUCCUCAGUGUGGAAUGGGCAUGGUGAGGAGUGCUGGCAGACCUGGAGGUAAUCCAAAAAUGAAACACUGGUGAGAUCUGGUGUGGAUCACCAGUGGAAAAGGGGGGUUUGCAGGGGGGGGUCUGUGGGGAGAGGAUUGGCCUGGGUGUCCUGAGGCAAGAUGUGUUUUGGCUUCUUGGCAAGGGCAAAACAUUCAUGGGUGUUUAAUGAAGUGCAGACUGGCUUGCAGAGUCUGUGGUUGUGUCCUCAUCACCAUGUCCUGCUUCAAGGAGAAGUCAUCUGUCCCUGUUUGGGGGGGGGGGGGGCAGUCUGCUGCCAGACAGGGUCACCCACUGCUUUCCUGGGAAGUGAUGGUCUUGCAGCUUUGGGCACUAGCUCAGGAGUUGGUUGGUCUUGGGAUAGGAUGAGAACAGUUACCACCUAAACCAAAUCUGGGGUCAUGGAAGACAAAAAUGUCAAGGCCUUAACCAAACUUUCAUAAUAAUCCCAACACCACCCCCUUUGCUUGUAACUGGUUCCAUUUUUAAAAUCUAUUUGGACAUGUGUGUAUUUGUAUUUUUAUUACCUCAUGAGUAGUUGAACGCUGGUGGGGGUUGGGAACUGCUUUUAACAUGUUGGCAGGAAUGUUUUAGUCUUGUCUUGCUUGUGUUUAAACAUAAUGGCAAUAAUUUAUCAGCUCUGCAUAACUGUUUCAGACAGAUAGGAGUUUGGAGAUGAGUUAGCACAAAGCGGGAGAAAUGCAGCGUUCCUACGCUGUGUUGGUCUCUGGUCCAGCAGUGCAGACCCGGUUCUACGCGCUCCCUGCCCGUCUUGGUGGACAGUUGAUCACCGAAUGGUCAUGAUGUGGUGAUGCCAUUUUCUCUAGUGAUGGAUUCAGCUGUUGUAUCUGUAACGCUUGUUCUAGUCUUGCUGUCUUACUGGAAUGAGCUUGUACACCUGCAUACCAGCCAGUCGUCUUAUUUCUAAGUGUUACUCUCUAUUGGUCUCUAUCAUCUGUACCACCAAGUCAAAGCUGUAUAUCAAAGAUAUUACCAUGUGGGCAGCAAUGGGAUGGCAAUCCUUGGACUUCAGACCUGCCGUCUGCCCUAAAGACUUGCAUAUUUCUGUCUGCAUCCUUUUUUUGGAAGUAUUGUGUAUAUUUCUAUUUGUUGUUGAGCGUAUCUAAAGAACAAAGCACUCCAGUAAAACUCCUCCUGUUGUAUGAUAUACAUUCUAUAUUUCUGUAAUUCUUUUUUGAGCCUCAGGGAGAAGCUAGCAUUUUUUUCAAACUACAUUUUUGUCACUGUGACAGUUGUAAAUAAAGUUUGAAAAUGCUUUCCAAA